AACGAUACUAACAGAGUGAGUGAUCCCGGCCGUCACAUCCGCUCGGAACGCCCUACCAGCUGAGCUCACCGCGUUCCCACCCCCAUUGCCUGUCUGCCUGUCUGCCUGUCUCCUGCCUCCUGCUGGCCUCCACUCCCAUCCGCUCCUCCCUCCACCGCAAUGUCCGCCCCGACAUCACUAGACCUGGUGAUUAUUUCCCAUUGGCGAUGGGCACUGUCACACAUCCAUGUUGACACCGCCUGCACGGCCCCGGGGGUAACCAGCCGGCAGGGACACCCCGUUCUCAGUCACAAAAUGUGGCCCUUGUUUCCCCGAUAAGAUGACAUCCAUUUCCACCUCAACCCUUUUUUUUUUAUUUGUGACCACGCAUGGCGAUUGAUCUUCAUACUCUCCAAGAUUCUCCAGCUUUCUCAAACCCCGCCAUCCACCUUUCAUCUUACUUGCGCCCGGCAUACUGCCCAUGACUGAGACAGUCAGGAUCUACUGACGAUCUCCUGCAUGGUUCGAGUGCUCAUCUGGGAAGACAAGCCUUUAUAAUCGCCCCAUAUAGCAAACACCAGCCCUAUAUGAAAGUCGCCUUCCUCCGCACAGAUACACAUUCAUCAACUAGCCAUUCAUUACCUCUCGCCACUCUUCGUCUAGUUCACAUUCACACCUUCCCUUCAUAUCCCAGGAGUAGACCUCUCUAGAUUGAUCCUCAACACCGUCAUCGUAUUUCUCACAUGAAGACAAUGAUGGACUCAAAGCGGCCAGGCACGAUGGGAGCCUCCAAACCCUUCCCCGCGAAACAGCUGUUCAUUCUCAGUCUCUGUCGGAUAUGUGAACCGAUAGCCUUCAUGUCGAUUUUCCCCUACAUCUACGCCAUGAUCGAGUCCUUCGGGUUUGACCAUAAAGACCCAACCAUUUCCAUGUACGCCGGGGUGGUAACAGCCGCCUUUACCUUCGCGGAAUUCUCGUCGGGCAUGCUUUGGGGGAAGCUCAGUGACCGGAUUGGUCGGAAGCCAGUACUUUUGACGGGUCUUGCGGGGACAGGACUGAGCAUGCUGGUCUUCGGAUUCGCCCCAAAUAUCUACGUAGCGAUUAUUGCAAGGGCAUUGGGUGGUCUACUGAACGGAAAUAUAGGAGUCUUGCAAACUACGGUGGCAGAAUUGGCUACCGUGAAGGAGCAUCAGCCCCGUGCGUACUCUAUCAUGCCAUUUGUCUGGAGUCUAGGAUCGAUCUUGGGGCCUGUUCUUGGUGGUGCGCUCGCAGAGCCAUGCAAACACUAUCCUAGCCGAUUCCCACCAGGAACCAUCUUCGAGCGAUUUCCAUUCCUCUUGCCCAACCUUUUCUGCACGUCGGUGGUGGUACUCGGCGUCUUGGUUGGAUUCUUCUUUCUUGAAGAGACGCAUCACGAGAAAAAGUACGAAAGAGACGUCGGCUUGGAGAUGGGCAGACGCAUCUUCGGGGCCUUUCAACGAACAGAGGACGUGAACGACCUUAAAUCCGAGAAGAGCAUGGCGUUAAUGUCGGAGACCGAGUUAUUGAUUGACGACUUCGAGCAAUUUCCAUGGUAUCAAAGCACCGAAGGAUCACCGCAGAUCCCGGUCACAACUCAGCCAGAGAUUUUAGACAUCAUAAGCCUCGAUAGCAACGACUCAGAGCCGGAAAAAGAAGUCCCGUUGAAGCCGUUCACGAAACAGAUUAUCCUCAACAUUGCUGGUUACGGGGUUCUAGCUUACCACACCAUAACCUUUGACCAACUGCUCCCCGUCCUCCUUGCCCACCCCGAAACAAAAGAUACUGUGAUUAGUCUACCCUUCAAAUUCCUUGGCGGCUGGGCAAUGAACACCAAAGAUAUCGGUUUUAUACUAAUGGCACAAGGCGCUUACUCCAUGUUUGCGACCAUCGUCCUCUUCCCCUACGCAGUCAAACGCCUGGGACCUCUCAACCUCUUCAAACUCGUCGCCUUCUCCUACCCCAUCCUCUACAUCGCAACGCCCUACGUCAUUCUCCUCCCCGAACCCUACCGCCUCGUCGGCCUCAUCCCGCUGCUCGCCUGGAAAACCACAUUCGCCAACUUCGCCUUCCCAGCCAUGAACAUCCUGCUCGCCAACACAGCACCCUCUCUUCUCCUCCUCGGCACCAUUAACGGCGCCGCCUCAUCGACAGCGAGUUUCUGCCGCGGCCUCGGACCCAUCAUUUCCGGUUCGCUGUACUCCCUUGGUUUCCAAGUCGGGUACUUCGGCAUCGUAUGGUGGUUCACGGCACUUAUUUCCAUGGCGGGCGCCGCGAUCGCAAUGAGGAUGUCAGAAAAGGGCUUUCGCAAAGACGUGGAGGACGUGGUUGCCGACGAAGAAGACGCCGUCGUAUGAUAGAUCCGCCCUAUGAUAUCAUAGACCCCAUCGGGCCUGGCAGAGGCUACCGAUGCCGCCAGCUUGGGUAGCGCUUUUUAUGACGAGUUAUGAGAUUCUUUUAUCUGAUUGUCGUCGGAUUUUUUUUAGAGGCGAUAGCUGCAGCUGCAUUUUUGCGCGCGCGCCCGUUCGCAGAUUGGCGAUUUGUUUUGUACUUUUUUGUGCGCUUUCUAUAUACCAUUGAUAUGUUUUUUUGGGGGCGCGAUGAUGAUGACCCAAGAGCGCAGAGCUUUUUUUCUCAUUUUUGGGAUGGG